CCCCACCUCACUCCUCUUUCCAUUUUCUUUCAGAGUUACGAUAGAUAGACAUCUUUAAGUGGCAAUAUACUCCUCGAUACUCACACAAAAAUCAGAUACGUGAUCAUGUGGACUCUACACAAACACACUUUCUCUUUUAUCUUCUCUUCUUUCUUCCUAGUGCAUGAGGUGUACAUGAGUGUAUGGAAAUAAAGGGUGUGUAUCUAACAUUUUUCUUUCAAACAAAACCUCCUCUUGUAUAUUGCAUUGCAUUACCACACCAGAUAGUACACACAUCCAUCAUUCAUUCUAGUUCCACCAAAACCAUAACCUCUUGUUGUAUUGUGUGUUCUGUAUGCAACUGAGAACAUCAUCAAACUAAGCUGGGAACCACGCACGCGCUCCUGUACUUUACUGAACUGCAUGCUCUCUAAUCUAUUGAUCAAGCAAACCAACUCAAAAUCUUUGCAACACACACAUCACUACAACCAUUAACAAGGUUUUUGGACAUCUAUGUUUGUAGGAAUGCAGUUAGUGAGUAUCAAUGUUUGUAGAAACUUGGUGCUCCAUAAAUUUCUAAGGCUGUCAUUUCUCUAGGUGACCACUUCUCAACUUUUUGGAAAAUUAGUGUAACAACUUGUUACCAACAAUAGGUUUAUUUGGGUUAUCUUUGACUGUGGAUAGUGUUAUUAGCUCUUCUUCAAAAUGGGCUGUGUGUUAUCAAGUAUUGAUGAGGAUGGAAGGGUUGGCAUAUGCAAGGAAAGGAAGAAGGUAAUCAAACAGUUAGUUUGUAAUAGAGAGGAGUUUUCUGAUGCCUUAUUAGCUUAUUUGAAAGCGUUGAGGAACACCGGUGCCACACUUAGGCAGUUCACCGAGUCCGAUACAUUAGAAUUGGACUUUGCCUCUACUGGCCUGCCUGAAGCCCCGCCUUCCCCGCCACCUGAUUUGCUACCUCCACCGCUGCCUCCUUUUCUUGCUGAAAAGAGUUCUAUGCACAUUGGCGAAGCUGAAAUACUAGAGAAUGAUGGCACUGGCAACUUUGUUCAUAUGCUGCAAAUUGACCAAGGUUUGAGCUCGUCGUUGCUAUUUCAACCUGUGGAUAAAGUAGAAGCUGUAGAGUCGUUUGAGGAGGAGAAUUGGGAAGAAACCAAAACUGAAUUUGAGGAUGAAGUCCAAGAUUCAGAAGCUGAUGUAAGUGUGGGAAGAUCACGUAGCGGGAAGCAACCGGUCAAAGAACCAGUUGAUGAUAGUUCCUCUGCUAUUACUUUGUUUAGAAAAGAAACUCAUGUUACUAAAGCUAUGCCCGUGGUGAUUGGUAGAAGUGGGAGAUCAUUGGAGGGUAUAGUUAAAGAGUUAGACGAUCAUUUCCUGAAAGCAUCAGCGUGUAUAAAGGAAAUCGCUGUUCUUAUUGAUAUCAGCAGCGGAGAUACUCUUCUUCGGCAAAAUUCUGGUCGUCAUCCAAGCAAGAGAACCAAUUCUGCAAGGGUAUUUAGCGUACUAUCAUGGAGUAGGCACACUAAGUCAUCCACGUUCACCAAAGAUGACGCUGAGUUUUCUAGUCCUAGUGAACCAUGCAGGCCGGGAGCUCAUUGUGCCACACUUAAAAAAUUAUAUGCGGCAGAGAAGAAACUUUACAAGGCAGUAAAGGAGGAGGGAAUUACCAAAUUGGAGUUUGAGAGGAAGUCAUUGUCAUUGAAAAAACAAGAGGAUGAGAACCUUGAUUUGGUUAAAAUUGACAAAAUUCGAUCAAAUGUUGAGAAAUUGGAGUCUGAUUUGAUAAGCCUGCGGCAGUGCAUCAGUGAAACAACUUCAUCCAUUUUGGAACUUAUAGAUGAAGAGCUUUUACCCCAGUUGGUUGCAUUAACUGCCGGGUUGUCACAAAUGUGGAGGAUAAUGCAUGGAUGUCAUCAGUCACAGGCACUGAUCUCCCAGCAGCUGAGUAACCUCGGUGAUAACCAUAAUACAAUUCUAAAUUCUGAAUAUCAUCAUCAAGCUACAAUUCAGUUUGAAAGUGAGGCUUCUUAUUGGUAUAACAGCUUCUGUAAACUUGUAAAAUCGCAACAAGAGUAUGUAAGGACCCUCAGUAAGUGGAUUCAGCUUACCAACUGCUUAAGGGAUGGUCAUGAAAGCAGCAACCACUCUUCUAUUCGCACCAUUUGUGAACAGUGGGAGCUUGGGCUUGAUGGAUUACCUGAUAAGGAGGUGGCUGAUGCAAUAAAAAACCUUCUAUUAUCCAUACGUUCCAUAAUUGCUCAACAGGCCGAGGAAGAUAACAUUCUGAAAAAGUUGGAAAAACUUGAAAGAAAGUUGCAAAGGUGCUCGACGUCCCUGGCCGAGAUGCAGAGAAAAAUUGAAUUAAACUUUGAAGAUGAUGGUGAUGAAGGUAAUAUAAGCCCAAGGCAUCCGCUAUUUCAUAAAAAAGCGGAAACAGAAGCCUUAAAGAAGCAAGUGGAAAGUGUGAAAGCAGAUUAUUUGGAUUCUGUUCAGUAUAGUAGAACCAUGACCCUUGAUAACCUCAGAACUAGACUUCCACAUCUCUUCGUGUCACUGAUGGAAUUUUCAAGUGCUUCCUCUCAAGCAAUUGAGGCUAUUAAUUCUCAGUCAAGCCAAUAGAAUGCAAUGACUUUGCAUCACAAAACUUGUUCAUUUUGUGGUGCUUUAGAUGGUAGUUAGUCUGCUUGUGCUUCAUGCUGAUAUGAGCACAAAAUACAUAAGAUAUGGUGUAAAUUGUGUUUAUGAAUGUUUGUAUACUGAAACAAAAUUGUGUCUAGCCAUUCUUUUGGCAUAGAAAUAUUUCUAUUUUUAAAAUUUCA